CCGUUUGACGGUCCCGGUGAAGCCGGCGAACGAAAUCCCGCACACACAAUUCAUACUGUCAACAAAGAAUCAAACUCGUCUGCCGAUUUAGAUCACUGCAUCUUCCUCGCAGCUCCCUCGGCGCAUCUAUCCUCGUUACACUGGUACCUGAGUUGCACCACCGUGGCGGUCCCUUUGUCUACCGACGACUUAUUGCUCCUUCGCGCUUAACAAGGCAUAUGUCAAUUAUAUUGGGAGCUCGUGUCAGUAACAAUCAGCAAUAGACUACCAAUUUUCAGAGGCGCGCAAUGUCCGUCGCCAUGCUCCACGCCCCGUCAAGAGCCUCCACCUCUUCAUCUUCUUCCUUUCAACCAGUUACCCGUCAGAACACAAUGUCUUCACAUGAUGGUCAGCGUUCAGUGCGGCAGUCAAAGCGGUACUCCGUGACCGCUUUGUACUUGUCCAUGUCUGCAAAAGAUAAGGAGCUGGAGAUUGAAGAUGACCUGGCAAAGGCUCAAAAAGUCCUUCGCGACCUGAAGGCGAAAAUUUCUUCCCAGUCGAAAAAGAACUUCGUUCUCGAAAAGGACGUGCGAUACCUUGACUCGAGAAUUGCCUUGCUAAUUCAGAAUCGCAUGGCUUUGGAGGAACAAAACGAGGUUGCCAGUCAUCUCGACGAAGCGGCCGAACUGCAAGAAGGCUUCUUCCCGAACGACGACAAGACACAAAAAUAUGGCAAUUUGCUGUUCCUGCUACAAUCAGAACCUAGACAUAUCGCACAUCUGUGUCGUCUGGUCACUAUGGCUGAGAUUGAUUCUCUACUUCAGACAGUCAUGUUCACGAUCUAUGGAAACCAAUAUGAGAGCAGAGAAGAACAUCUUCUCUUGACCAUGUUCCAAUCUGUGCUCACCUAUCAAUUCGACAACACUCCGGACUACUCCUCUCUUCUACGCGCCAACACUCCCGUUUCGCGAAUGAUGACCACGUAUACUCGUCGGGGUCCUGGCCAGAGUUACCUGAAAAUCGUCCUCGCAGGACAGAUCAAUAAUCUCAUUGAGACUAAGGACUUGGAUCUCGAGAUCAAUCCUCUCAAGGUUUAUGAAAAGAUGUGCAAGGACAUGGAAGAGAGCGAGGGCAAAUUGCCUCCAUCUCUUCCCCGUGGUGUCACUGCCGAAGAAGCUGCAGAUAACGUAACCGUUCAACAGAUCAUCGCACCACGCCUGACGCUACUCAUGGACAUUGCCAAUUCAUUCUUAACUACAAUUAUUAAGGGACUCGAGGAAACCCCUUAUGGCAUCCGAUGGAUCUGUAAGCAGAUCAGGAGUCUUUCAAAGAGGAAGUACCCCGAUGCACAGGACCAAACGAUCUGCACUCUUAUUGGCGGUUUCUUCUUCCUCCGAUUCAUCAAUCCAGCCAUCGUUACACCAAGGUCGUACAUGCUAAUUGACGGGACGCCUGCCGAGAACCCCAAGCGCACACUGACAUACGUUGCCAAGAUGCUGCAGAACCUGGCCAAUAAGCCAUCAUAUGCCAAAGAGCCCUACAUGAUUAAGCUGCAGCCAUUCAUUGAGCAAAACAAAGACCGUAUCAACAAGUUUCUUUUGGAUCUCUGUGAAGUACAAGACUUUUACGAGAGUCUAGAAAUGGACAAUUACGUGGCUUUGUCCAAGCGCGACCUUGAGCUCUCUAUUACUCUUAAUGAAGUGUACGCUACGCACUCAUUGCUGGAGCGCCACGUGGCUGUGCUAGCAAAAGAUGACAGCUCGCAUCUAGGUGUGCUUCUUCAGGAACUGGGCCCUGCACCUGCUCAGCUUCCGCGUAAGGAUAAUAGGGCCAUCAACCUGCCUCUAUUCAGCAAGUGGGAAUCUCCUCUCGAUGAUUGGACCGCUGCUCUCGAUAUCACACAGGAAGAGAUCUACUUCAUGGAGGCCAAAUCGACCUUUGUCAUGAUUCUCCGUUCGUUUCCUACCAACACGCCGGUCACUCGGAGACCACUCCGUCUGGACAAGAUAGCAGAGGCUGCUGCAACCACCAAGAACGACUCAGUCAUGGUCAAGAAAGGAAUUCGUACUAUGGAGCUGCUGAGCCAGCUUCAAGAGCUUGGUGUGAUCGACAAAGACGAUGGAUUUGCCCUGUUGCGCGACGAAGUGGAACAGGAGCUGGUUCAUCUUGGUUCGAUGAAGGAGAAGACAGUCGAAGAAACCAAGAAACUAGACGAGGUCUUCAGAACCAUUCGUGAUCACAACGCAUACCUCAUCGGUCAGCUAGAGACCUACAAGUCGUAUCUACACAACGUCCGAAGCCAAUCCGAAGGCAAGACUAGAAAGACGCAAAAGCAUCAAGUGCUCGGUCCGUACAAGUUCACACAUCAACAACUCGAAAAAGAAGGCGUCAUACAGAAAAGCAAUGUACCGGAGAACCGACGAGCCAACAUCUACUUCAAUUUUACCAGUCCUCUACCCGGUACAUUCGUCAUCAGUCUUCACUACAAAGGACGCAAUCGCGGUCUAUUAGAGUUGGAUCUAAAACUCGAUGAUCUUCUGGAAAUGCAGAAAGAUAACCAACAAGAUCUAGAUCUCGAAUAUGUCCAGUUCAAUGUGACAAAAGUUCUGGCCCUGCUCAACAAGAGGUUUGCGAGAAAAAAGGGCUGGUAAAUCAGCCUGGACCGACCAGAGACCCAUGCAGAGUGGCCAUACUGGGAGAGACAGAUCGUGUGAACAUGUCGCACACCAUGUCAGUGGCGGGAAUGUACAUGUAUUCAUUCAUUGUUACUGACGCAAAUUUGUUUGGAUUGGAUUGGAAGAUACCCAUGGGACAGGACACAAGAAACGAUAAUGGUGCAGCAUCUCCAGGUCAGUGGACUAAGCAUUGAAAC